AGCUGUGUCCCAAUCACAAGCUGAUCACUGAUCAUCAGGGCACUGAUGAUCAGUGUGCCCUGCUGAUGAUUCAGUGUAUCCCGCAGUAGUGCCACCUGUCACGUGUACAUCAGUGCCAGCUCUCAGUGGCUCAUCCAUGCCAACUGCCAGUGCCCAUCAGUGCCACAUCAGUGCCCCCAUUUCAGUGCCAUCAGUGCCACAUAUCAGUGCCCAUAUCUUUAGCUGCUUUCAAUGUCACCCAUCAGUGCCAGUCAGUGGCCAC